ACCAAAACCGUGUUCUGCAAGCUGCGAGACAUGCGCCACGAGAACCUGAACCUGUUCCUGGGGUUCUUCCAGGACUGCGGCGUGUUCGCCAUCGUGACGGAGCACUGCGCCCGCGGGAGUCUGGAGGACCUCAUCCGGAACAGCGACAUGAAGCUGGACUGGAUGUUCAAGUCCUCGCUCCUGCUCGACCUCAUCAAGGGUAUGAAGUACCUGCACCAUCGAGAGCUGAUUCACGGGCGCCUGAAGUCCCGGAACUGCGUGGUGGACGGCAGGUUCGUGCUCAAGGUCACGGACUACGGCUACAACGAGAUCCUGCAGACGCAGAAGGUGCCUCAAGAGGAGAAGAGACCGCAAGACCAGUUGUGGACGGCCCCAGAGCUGCUGAGAGACUCGAACCUGGAGCAGAAGGGCACCUUCAGGGGGGACGUGUUCAGCUUCUCCAUCAUCAUGCAGGAGGUGAUCGUGAGGAACGCUCCCUACUGCAUGGUAGACAUGAGCGCAGAGGAGAUCAUUAAGAAGGUCAGGAAGCCUCCUCCUCUGUGCAGACCCUCUGUCACUGUGGAUCAGGCUCCUAUGGAGUGCAUUCAGAUCAUGAAGCAGUGCUGGACUGAACAGCCAGAGAGGAGACCCACCUUCGAACAGAUCUUCGACCAGUUCAAGAACAUCAACAAGGGGAAGAAGACGAACAUCAUUGACUCGAUGCUGCGGAUGCUGGAGCAGUACUCGAGCAACCUGGAGGACCUGAUCAGGGAGCGAACGGAGGAGCUGGAGGUGGAGAAGCAGAAGACAGACAGGCUGCUCACUCAGAUGCUGCCAGCCUCCGUUGCUAAGGCUCUGAAGACGGGGGACCCCGUGGAGCCCGAGUACUUCACAGAGGUCAGCCUGUACUUCAGUGACAUCGUGGGCUUCACAACCAUCUCAGCGCUGAGCGAGCCCAUCGAGGUGGUGGACCUGCUGAACGAUCUCUACACUCUCUUCGAUGCCAUUAUCGGAUUACACGACGUCUACAAGGUGGAGACGAUCGGGGAUGCCUACAUGGUGGCGUCGGGGCUGCCCAACAGGAACGGGAAUCGGCACGCCGCUGAGAUCUCCAACAUGUCCCUGGACAUCCUGCACUGCAUCGGAGCCUUCAAGAUGAGACACAUGCCGGACGUCAAGGUCAAGAUCCGCAUCGGACUGCACUCGGGACCCUGUGUGGCGGGGGUGGUUGGUCUCACUAUGCCCCGAUACUGUCUCUUUGGAGAUACAGUGAACACAGCGUCCAGGAUGGAAUCCACAGGACUGUCUUACCGGAUCCACGUGAAUCAGAGCACAGUGAAUAUCCUACGCAGCCUCAAUAUGGGUUACAAGCUGGAGAGCAGAGGGAGGACAGAACUGAAGGGUAAAGGAAUUGAGGAAACCUACUGGCUUGUGGGGAAGGAAGGGUUCACCAAGCCUCUCCCCACUCCUCCAGAUAUUGUGCCAGGGGCCAGUAAUCACGGGAUCAACAUGGACGAGAUCCCGAUCGAGCGGAGGAAGAAGCUGCAGGAGCGGGAGGAGAGGAUGAGGUCAAAAUAACGAGGCAGACAGAGAGAGGCCGAUACCAGUGCUAGGAGCGGCGGUGUCUUCCCCUUAGCAACGCAGACGACAACGAUCUCAAAACGGGGGGGGGGGGGGCACGGAGGGAGAGAUGGGGGGGGGACUCGCGGGGGGGGGUUCCCAUCAAUACCAAAGAACAUCAAAACCCCAGAAAAGCUGAGAAAGGGGGCCGUAUUCAUCGACAGGGAAAAACCUUCAGGAAAGUUUCCCCCAGUAAAAGACAACAAAGCUGAACAUCAAAGCACAGCGAACGCGGUUAAGCACAGGGGGGCCCUGUAAAGAAUAGCGAGGAAUCAUUAAUAAUGACGCAUGGGCCGGCUCUUCAAGCGCAUGGAUUAUGUAUUUAGUGGUUUAUUGAUCUGACUGUACAUAAUUGAUGCACACCGACCCCCCCCACUCCCCCAUGCAUUUCAAUGUGAAUUCUGUACAUUUGCUAAACGAGGCUUGUAAGUAUUUUCAAUCUAGCUCUUGUAUUUAAAAAUAUCAUUAUUAUUAUUAUUAUUAUUAUUAUUAUUAUUAUUAUUAUUAUUAUUAUUAAUAAUAAUAAUAAUAAUAAUAAUAAUAAUAAUAAUAAUAAUAAUAAUAAUAAUAAUAAUAUGUAAAUGUGUGGUUGUGUAAAUAAAUUUUGGUCAUAGA